CGGAGCAAAGCGGCGGCCAGGGCGCAGGGGGGCGGCCCCCACCCCGGCCGGGUGCCCGGCCCCUGGCCCCUGCUUGCCCUCCAGACUGCCGCCGCCGCCGCCGCUGCCGGGAGUCUGCCUGCUGCGGGACUCACUAGUCCUCCCUCCAUGGAGUUCGGCCUGCUCAGCGAGGCGGAGGCCCGGAGCCCGGCCCUCUCGCUGUCAGAUGCGGGCACUCCCCACCCGCCACUCCCAGAGCACGGCUGCAAGGGCCCAGAGCACAGUGACUCGGAGAAGGCCUCGGCUUCGCUGCCCGGCGGCUCCCCGGAAGACGGCUCGCUGAAGAAGAAGCAGCGGCGGCAGCGCACCCACUUCACCAGCCAGCAGCUGCAGGAGCUGGAGGCGACCUUCCAGAGGAACCGCUACCCCGACAUGAGUACGCGCGAAGAGAUCGCGGUGUGGACCAACCUCACCGAGGCCCGCGUGAGGGUGUGGUUCAAGAACCGGCGCGCCAAGUGGCGGAAGCGCGAGCGCAGCCAGCAAGCCGAGCUGUGCAAGGGCGGCUUCGCCGCGCCACUAGGGGGGCUGGUGCCGCCCUACGAGGAGGUGUACCCGGGCUACUCGUAUGGCAAUUGGCCACCCAAGGCGCUCGGCCCGCCGCUCGCCGCCAAGACCUUCCCGUUCGCCUUCAACUCAGUCAACGUGGGGCCUCUGGCUUCGCAGCCCGUCUUCUCGCCACCCAGCUCCAUCGCCGCCUCCAUGGUGCCCUCGGCCGCAGCCGCCCCGGGCACCGUGCCAGGGCCCGGGGCCCUGCAGGGCCUGGGCGGGGGGCCCCCCGGGCUGGCUCCGGCCGCAGUGUCCUCCGGGGCAGUAUCCUGCCCUUACGCCUCGGCCGCUGCAGCCGCAGCUGCAGCCGCCUCCUCCCCCUACGUAUAUCGGGACCCGUGUAACUCGAGUCUGGCCAGCCUGAGGCUCAAGGCCAAACAGCACGCCUCUUUCAGCUAUCCCGCCGUGCCCGGGCCGCCCCCGGCCGCCAACCUCAGUCCGUGCCAGUACGCCGUGGAACGGCCCGUAUGAACGGCCCGGUCCGUCGACCAUCCCCGAGGGCGGGGGCGAGAAUUCACAGCCUCCCCGAACUGGGGUCGUCUUGACUGGCUUGCCCCUACCCCGGGGUCUGAGAGGGGUGCUGGGGCAGCUCGGGGAGGGCGGAGGGGUGGGCGGCCAGCUCAGGAGAGAGCCUCCCCCCGGCCGGCCCUGAGGGAUGGACUGGGCCCUACACACCCUACACACAGUCCACGCCCCUGGGACUAAGGCCAGCAACAGGGACCAGUUCCCCGGGGGCCAAGUGACCCUUGGCCCACCCCGCCUUCUCCAGACUCCCCUCCCCCAUUUUCAAAGAUAAAUGAAAUAAACGUGCGCGGACUG